AUGGCGUCCGCCAAGCCUACUGUCCUCCAUCUAGGAGAGGCGAUCAAAUACAACCACGAUUUCUAUGACGCCGAGUUUGCCUGUCGUUUCAACAUCAUCCAGGCCACAGAAACAGACCGGGAAUCGUUUAUCGAGGCUUUGAAAACAAAAAAAUAUGGCGACUUCUCGGCCCUCUUCAGGCCUCACUUCCAGACUGGCGGCUUCAUGGGCCAAUGGGACUCGGAAUUGAUCCCUUUGCUGCCUUCAUCAGUACGCAUCUUCGCUUCUGCUGGCGCAGGUUUCAAUUGGGCCGAUGUCGACCUUCUGGGCGCGCGCAAAAUAUGGUAUGCCAACGGCGCUGGUGCAUCCGACGAGGCCGUCUCUGAUACGGCGCUGUAUAUGAUACUGAGCGUUUUCCGAAACUUCACGCGCUCUCAGAUCGCCGCUAGAACUGCUGAUCCAAACACAUUUACUGCGACGCACAAGCUCAUCGCUACUAUCUCACGCAACCCGCGCAACCAUAUUCUCGGAAUCAUCGGGUUCGGGAACAUCAGUAAAAAGUUGGCCCACAAAGCUAGGUCGGCACUCGGUAUGAAGAUUCACUACUACGAUAUCGUACGUGCGGAUGCAAAGGACGAAGAAGCAUUGGGCGCAACUUAUCAUUCAUCACUUGACGAAUUGCUCAAAGUGGCAGAUUGUGUGUCGUUGCAUACACCGCUCAACAAGUACACGCAGGACUUGAUAGGGACACAGCAGCUUUCUCUGAUGAAAAAGGGAAGCAGACUUGUCAACACAGCAAGAGGCCAGGUGGUUAAUGAAGAGGCCCUGAUUGAGGCCCUCGAAAGUGGACAUUUAUCGGCUGCAGCGCUGGACGUGCAUUACCACGAACCACAGGUGUCGCCAAAAUUGGCAAAAAUGGAGAAUGUAACCCUGACGACACAUAUCGGUGGAGGCGCACUCGAGACGAGAAUCAACUUUGAACUGAAUGCGAUGAGGAAUAUAAUCGAGGUCGUUGGGUCAAGUGGCGAUUUCAAGGGAGAGCCAUUCACCCCUGUAAAUAAGAAAGCCUUUGAAGCAGCUGCGUCUAGAUAA